AUGAGUAAUACUUCAUCCAUAAACUUUUCGAGGGAUGAAGAUAGCAGAUAUGUAGAUAAAAAGAAUGAGGAUGAUAAUAGAUUAAAAAAUAAGAGAAAUAAAAAGGUUAAAAAUAACAAAUAUGAUGAUAAAAAAUAUGAACUAGCUAAUGUAAAUAAUAAAACAUCUUUAAGUGUUGUAGAAAAUAAAAAGAAUGAAAAAAUACUUAUAUAUGAAAAUAAUGAUAUUGUAGAAUAUGAAUCUAGCUAUUUUUUUGAUGAGAAAAAAAAUAAUAAACAUGUGGUAUUACAAGAAGAAGAUUAUUUAAAUACCCUAGAAUAUUUAAUUGAAAAAAAGUUUUUUCCUGAAAUGGAAAAGUUAAGAUUAAAACAAGACAUGUAUAAAAAUAAUGAAAUAAAAAAUAAAAUAAAUGAUAUAAGUGAAAAUACAUUUAACAGUGAUAUUGAAUCAUAUCAUUUUUCUAAUAAUGUGGAUAAUAUUAGUGAUCAUUCUGAAUAUAUAAAAAAAUCAAAAAAAAAAAAAAAAAAAAAUAAUAAUAAUAAUAAUAAUAAUAAUAAUAAUAAUAACCAUAGUGACAAUAAUAAUAACAAUAGUGAGAAUAAUAUAGAUUUGUUAAAAUAUUUUGGGGAAGAUGAAAAUUAUAGCCUAGUGACUUAUCCUCAUAGUGAUCAAGAAUAUAUUAAAAAAAAAAAAAAGUACAAAGAAGUUAUAUUACCAAAUGGGAAAAAACAUAAAAUCAAUUUAAAUAUAAGCUUAAGUGAAUUUCAAAAAAAAUAUACUUCUGAAGAUAAUAAAUCCUUUGAAUAUUUAUUAAGAAAUAUGAAAAAUAAAAAUAUUGAAAAAAACUUUUUUUCUCUUGAUAAAAGAAACAAACAUAAUUUAAAAAUGGAUAUGAUUGAAGAAUAUACAAAAAAAGGUAUACGACAUAAUAUAAUAAAUACAAACAAAGCGGAUCAACAAGAAUAUGCUAUGAUGUUUUCUUCCAACUAUAAAAUAAGUAAUAUAGAUUUUAUUAAAAAUGAUAAACCUACAAUAUAUUAUCAUAACACACGUUUUAAUGAUGAAUACAAUAAUGAUAUAAAAAAACAAAUUAAUCGUAUUGAUGAUAUUAGAGAACAAAAAAUAUUAAACAGAGAAAAAGAUAGGAAAGAAGAACAAAUGAUUCAGCAAGGAAAAUUUAAUUUAUUAAAAAAUAAUAAUAACUAUGAAUAUGUAAACACACCUUUAAUACAAGCAGGAAAAGGUGUUGAUCAAAGUCCAAUCAUAACAUGGGGAAAAAUUCUAUGCACACCUAAAUUAGUACAUCCACAAAAAGACGAUGAUGAUAAAAAUGAUGAUAAAAAUGAUGAUAAGAAUAAUGAUUAUAAUUAUAAUACUGAUCAUCAUAAUAAUGAUGAUUCAGGAUCUAUACAAAAAGAAUUUAAUUUUCAAGAAAUUAAUAAUCGAGAAUUAGUUGCUGAAAAAUUACAAAAUAGUAGGAAAAAUAUUAAAUAUAAUAAAGAUAUUUUAAAAAAAAAAAAUAUCAACUUUUUAAUAAAUAAAAAUUUUACUUCUCAUAUUUCAUCAUCAUCAUUCAAAAAUUCUAUACUCUCAAGCUAUAGUCAAAAAAGAUUAAGUGAGCUAGCUAGAAAAUCAUCACUAGCAUCACAAGUACUUAAAAAAAAGAAAAAGUAA